CUGAACUCACCGUAACAGCACUUGACUGGUUACACUCAGCAUGCAGGAUCACCGUCUCUUCAACAAGUGGGCUGUUCUAGCCUGGUGGCUGGUGUUUUUGGUGCUUGUCAAACAGGUGACCUGCAGUCCUGUGCCACAAUUGGACACACCCUCAACCUCCGUACAAGAAGUUCAAAGGUCACUUAAGAGAACUGUGCGAAUGACCCCAUUAUGGAGGAUCAUGGGUACUAAACCUCAUGGAGCCUACUGCCAGAACAACUAUGAGUGCUCUACAGCAAUAUGCAGGAGAGGCCACUGUUCAUAUAGCCAACCGAUUAAUUCAUAGAAAAGGAGAAUCCAUCAUUCCUCAGUGACCUGAGUCUACACACCAUUAUGCAUGUACCUAAUAUAAUCAGAUGGCAAGUGCUUGAUUCUGUGAAUGGGUCAACUGAAUGUGCAAUUCAGUUAAUCAUCAGUUAACUUAGACAUAUAAAGGCAAGGGCUGACUUUUCUAAUGCCACAAUGAAGGCAAUAGGUUAUGUUCUGAAGCAUUUCCCAGUAAUGUGGUUCGUUGUGCUUAUCAUAAGGUACAUAAAAUGUGGACUCUCUUGAGAGUGCAAAGAAAAAUCAACAUAAGCCUCAUAACCUAAAUGUGCAGUGGUGUUGCUCUAAACUGGAAGCAUUCUUAGUGAGAUUUGGAUUCUGAAAAGGAGUGAAAAUGUUUUAUUGUGUGUAUCACACAGAUUUGAGGUGCUGCAAGGAAGGUAUUUCUGUUUAUAAUGUAGAUUCCCUAAGCUCGAUUAUUUACAGUCAUUGUCCUGGAUUGUGAAGUGAAGAAUGACUCUUACCACUAAAAGCUCAUCACAGGAUUACACUUGGUCCAAACCUGGAAACCAGUGGGAAUGCAGUAUGUUACCUGGAAGCUAUAUAUGCAAAUUUGGGCAAAUGUAAGGAUGCACCAUGCAGUGCCUUUACUCAACCCAAAUGUAAUUGAGCCAAAGUUAGUUCAGAGGAAAGGGACAGAGAAAAUAUUCCUUAUAGACUCCUAUUGACUUCUUUACCUGUGUAUUUAUGAUGUUAUAUACAAGUGUCUCAUUGAUAAGACAGCCAGCUAAUUUCAGAAUUAAGCAUAGAUUUAAAGUCAUUCUUAUUAAUAUUUGAUGACCUUUAUAUUAUGUUCUUUUUAGAUUUUGUAUGCCUCAACAGUUCAUUUCAAGAGCCUUAUAUGUAUCUGACUACGAUAUGUAUUUCUUAUGUAGCCUAUUUCAGUAGGCUGUAGGCUACUGUAACACUACAAUCUAUGUGCAUGUCUCAUAAGUUAAUA